AUGCCCUGCGCAAUCUGUCACGACUUCACAGGCCCGGCACUGGCGGACACGGGGGGACGGCAUCGGAACCACCUCAAGCUGGACAUCCCGUGGCAGGAUUUUGUCACUUCCGCCAAAUCGUGCCGUAUCUGCGAGAUUAUACUUCGGGGCUCGAGGGGCUGUUUUCUCCAGCACGAGGUCAAAGAACCGGAGAUCGUGUCCUGCAGCAUCAGCUUCUUGUAUCUCCGCGAAGAGGAUAAAGAUGACGACGUCGACAAGGAAAUCCGGUUCCGAAUGGCGGAUGGGACAAAGUUCGAGAUGUCCAUUUUCGUAAAUGACUCGCAGGCCGCCAUGGAUCAGGCAUUAGAAUGGAUCGAGGAUUGCCGAGGUAAGACCCACGAGUUUUGUAUUGCACCAGAUGAGGCAAGGCUCCCGAGUAGAGUUGUUGAUGUCGGAUUGGAUGAUGGACCUGUCCGCUUGGUGCAGACUCGGGGCGAGGUCGCUUCAUACGUCGCUCUCAGCCACUGUUGGGGUCUGAAACAGAUUAUUACUACAACGACUGAAAAUCUGCAAGAGCAUCUGCGGGAAGUCCCUUUCUCGAAGCUGUCAAAGACGUUCCAAGACGCCGUCACGGUGACUAGACGCCUGGGGAUUCGGUACAUCUGGAUCGACUCGCUCUGCAUCAUACAGAACGACCGCAGGGACUGGGAGGUCGAGGCCGCGAGGAUGAUGGACGUCUACAGCAACUCGUACCUCACCAUCGCCGCCACUCACUCGUCGAGUGGUGACGGGGGCUUGUUCCGGAACACGCCCGAUUUUGAAGUCUCCGGCACGACGAUCACGGGAGAGCCCUACCAAUUGUUCUUCCGCGAGAGAAUAGACCACCACCUCGAAGUCUCUCUUGGGGAUUCAAGCUUCAGCGAGCUCGACUUCGGAGGCCAGGUCUACGGUCACCCCACCAUCAAGGACUACCCACUACUCACCCGGGCCUGGGUCUUCCAGGAACGGAUGCUGUCUACUCGCGUACUUCACUUCGGCCGCUACGAGCUCUUCUUCGAGUGCCGGUCCGAUCUCCAAUGCGAAUGCAGCGGGAUAAACAACCACGGCUCGUCGCAAACGACGCACGCAACCGUCACAAAGCUCGUCCACGCCGACGCCCUCGACAGCCUGAUCCCGGGCAAGGAGUGGCACGUUUACGCCAGCUACUACAUGGCGCAGCUCUGGAGGACGCUCGUGACGUCCUACACGUGUCUCGGCCUGACCAAGUGCGAGGACAGACUGCCUGCGAUGGGCGGCCUCGCGAAACACAUGGCGCUGCGUAGAAAGACCAAGUACCUCGCCGGUCUGUGGGAGAACACCCUGAGCGACGACCUGAUCUGGGCGGCCAGGUCGGCUGGCAGUACGUGGAGGAAGCCGAGACCGGACCCUCGGCCGGCCCCGUCGUGGUCAUGGGCGAGCGUGCAGUCGCACGUGAAUUAUUAUGACGAGAUUCUGUUUCUGGAGGAUGAAGACGAUGAUAUUGACAGUCCCAGACAUACGGAGGAAGAUCGAGAGCCUUACCAGCACUUUGCCAAGGUCGAGGAGUGCUGGGUCGAGCGUGGUCCGGUGGACGAGUAUGGUACGAUCGAGAAAGGUCAGGUUCGUCUCAGAGGUCUCCUCGUCAAGGGUGUUUUGGGUAGAACUACCGUCAAAUUUCAGGGGAAAGAGCACGAUGAUUACGCCGUUGUUUUCCCGGAUGGAUUACGAUUCCAGAUAGAGGCGGAUUACCUUCUGGAACAGCCCGGCCGUAGCCAAGUCCUCUUAGGGGCAGAGAUAUGGUGUCUUCGGAUGAGUCAGAUUCAGGUCGGCUGCAGAGACCAUCUUUUCUCUCUUGUCUUGCGGCGAGUGAAUGGUGCGGAGGGAAUCUUUGAGAGGAUAGGGUGUUUGCUGGUGAUAGCUACUCCGCCUCCGGUUGAUGUCAUCGGACCGAUCUACGCCUCGGCCGAAGAGGGCAGCGUUUGCAUUGAAUAG